CUCUUGUUUUUACGACCUUCAAAGUUUGUCUUUGUAAAAUAGAGGUCAUAUUUAAACAAAAGAUAUUCUUAAGUUUUAUUAAUAUAUUAUAUAGUGAAUUGCAUUAAAUUAUUUUUAUUAAGAAAUACAUUGUAAUUUGUUUUAUAUUUUAUUAAUUUAUUACAUAUUAUUUCAUUGUUUUUGAAUAAGAAUUUAAUAUAUAUUUUAGUCUUGAAAAAUACGCGUUUGCAGAGUAGUCAGCUAUAUGAUUUAUUUUGAGAAUGGGUUCCAUACUUACAAUAAGCUAUUUCUUUUCUGAUGCAACAAGGAGAUUGAUAAGGAAACUUAGGACUAUUUUCCAAUGCCUUUACAAAUGUCAUUAUUUAAAGUGCCUUUAUUAUUAUGCAGUGGUUAAAAAUAUGUCAGAACACAUGUCAUCAACUGAUAGUUACGAAUUUGAACAAAUAAGAGUCUUAACUCUAAAUAAUGGAGAACAUCUUGAUGGUAUAUUAUAUAGAUUAAAGAAAGGAUGGAGAGUAGAAUUUCGUUUAGGCGCUUCUCUUCUUGGGAGAACUGUUGAUCUUUUUAUAAAUUAUCCAUUAGGAGAAAAUAAAAAAUUUGAAAGACGUACAUAUUAUCUCUUAGAAUGGAUUAAUGAAACAGCUAAUAUAUGUUUAUCUCUAGCUGGUUCAUUUCAUUAUUAUCUUAUAGAUCCUAAUUCUGAAGAUAUGAAGCCUAUUGCUUCUGGAUAUCUCCUUGUAGAUCCAGAACUUAAAAUAGGGAAACAUGGAAAUGAUUUACCAUUAGAUUGUAUUCAAUGUCAAACUGUUCUUGCAAAAUGUUUAGGAUCAUUUUCUACCUGGGAAGACAAAUUACUAGUUGCUAAAAAUUCUGGAUAUAACAUGAUUCAUUUUACACCAAUUCAGGAAUUGGGAUAUUCUAAAUCUUCUUAUAGUCUUAGUGAUCAAUUAAAAUUAAAUCCUUCUUUUAAUGAUGAUAAUAAAUCAAUUACAUAUGAUGAUAUUGAAAAACUAAUUAAUAAAAUGCGCAAUGAAUGGAAUAUGUUAAGCAUUUGUGAUAUUGUUUUGAAUCAUACAGCAAACGAAAGCCCUUUUUUGGUAUCUCAUCCAGAAUGUACAUAUAAUUGUUUGAAUAGUCCUCAUUUACGUCCUGCAUAUAUUUUGGAUGCUGCAUUAUUUGAAUUAACAGUGCAAGUGGCUGCUGGAGAAUGGGAAUUUAAAGGUAUUCCUUUGGUAGUUGAAACUGAAGAACAUUUAAAUUCAAUUCGUCAUGCACUUCACACAUAUUUUUUGCCGCUUAUAAAAAUACAUGAAUUAUAUAUAAUAGAUAUUAAUGAAACUAUUGCUGAGUUUUUGAAUUUAGCACGAAAUCAAAUGCCUGAAGACAUCAUUGAAUCAGAAACAUCAGAAGAUAUUAAAAUAAUACAAGAUUCAAAAUUUCGCAGAUUAAAAGCAACUAUAAAUAUGCAACUUGCUUUACAAAAAUAUAACAUAUAUAGAACUGAUUGUUUUGAUGAAGAGACUCGUUUGAAACGUUGUGCUGAAGAUUUAAGAAAAAAAUUGCAGGAACUUAAUAAUAUAAUUAUUAAUGAAAUACAAAAUCAUUUAAAUGCUGCAGUUGAAAAUACAAUUGCUGGUAUAAGAUAUUUUAGAGUACAAGUUGAUGGACCUAAACUUAAAGAAAUAAGUGAAAGAAAUCCACUAGUUCCUAGAUAUUUUACUGAUUAUGGAGCACCUAAAACAUUAACUGAAAGAGAAGCAACAAUGUACUCAGAUGCAGGAUGUUAUCUUAUGGCUCAUAAUGGAUGGGUAAUGAAUGGUGAUCCUUUAAAAAAUUUUGCAGAUUCUGAUUCUAAUGUUUAUAUAAGAAGAGAACUUAUUGCUUGGGGUGAUAGUGUAAAAUUGAGAUAUGGAGAUAAACCGGAAGAUUGUCCUUUUCUAUGGCAGCAUAUUAGUACAUAUGUUGAACAAACAGCUAAAAUUUUUGAUGGUAUUCGAUUAGACAAUUGUCAUUCAACUCCUAUUCCAGUUGCAGAGUAUAUGCUUGAUGUUGCUCGUCGUAUCCGUCCAGAUUUAUAUGUUGUUGCAGAAUUAUUUACAAAUUCAGAUCAAAAAGACAAUAUAUUUGUUAAUCGUCUUGGUAUCACUUCUUUAAUCCGAGAAGCUAUGUCUGCAUGGGAUAGCCACGAAGAAGGUCGAUUAGUAUAUCGAUAUGGAGGUGAACCAGUCGGUGCAUUUUUGCAAUCACGUAAACGACCUUUAGUACCAAGCAUAGCACAUGCCCUUUUUUUAGAUUUAACUCAUGAUAAUCCUAGCACUGUGGAAAAACGUAGUGUGUUCGAUUUACUUCCAAGUGCUGCUCUUGUAUCAAUGGCAGCAUGUGCUAGUGGUAGUAAUCGUGGAUAUGAUGAAUUAGUUCCUCAUCAUAUACAUGUUGUAGAUGAAACAAGACAAUAUUCAUUUUGGACAGAUGAUGAAUGUUUGAUAGAUGGUAUCAAAUUUGUAGGUUUUAAAACUGGAAUAAUUGCUGCAAAGAAAGCAUUAAAUGAUUUGCAUUAUAUUCUUGGACAGCAGAAAUUUUCUCAAGUAUUUGUUGAUCAAAUGGAUAAUGACAUAGUAGCUGUAACAAGACACUCUCCAACAACUCAUGAUAGUGUAAUUUUAAUUGCUUUUACUGCAUUUAAACAUCCUGAUCCUAAUGCUAAUGAUUUGAGAAGACAUGUGAAACCAUUACGAGUGGAAGGUGUAAUGGAAGAAAUUAUUUUGGAAGCAUCCUUAUGUCAUAUAGAAGCAAAAAAUGAUAUCUCACCUUUCCAUUAUUCUGAAAAAUAUGUACGAGAUGAAAGUUAUAUAAAUGGUCUCUCAGAAUAUAUUGUAAAUCUUAAAGAACAUAUACAAAUUUGUGAUUCAGAAAUUUUAGAAAAAGUUGAUUCUGGUGAUCCUAAAAUAACUCAACUUAAUUUUGUAAAUUUUCAACCAGGUUCUGUUAUUGCUAUUCGUGUAUCUCUUCAUGCUAACAUAAAACCAGCUCUUGCAAAACUUCAUAAUACUAUUUCAAUAAUCACAUCACAAAAAAGUUCAGACAUACGCGUUAUUGCUUCACGUAUGGAUUUGAUAGAUUUAAAUAAAGCUUUAUAUCGAUGUGAUCAGGAAGAACGCGAUGAAACUUCAAACAGAUUUGAUGUAUAUAAUAUUCCAGGUUAUGGACCACUUGUUUAUGCAGGAUUGCAAGGUAUUAUUUCUUUAUUAGCGGAUAUUCGUCCUAAUAAUGAUUUAGGUCAUCCAAUGUGUAUUAAUCUCAGACAAGGUAAUUGGUUAAUAGAUUAUACUUGGCAACGGUUAAAAGAAGAUGAUGGAACAAAAGCACUUGGAGAAUGGCUUGAAGAAGCUACUGAACCAUUUAAAUUAAUACCUCGUUAUUUAGUUCCUAGUUAUUUUGAUGUUAUAGUUGUAAACGUUUAUAUGAUACUUCUCGAACAAUGUUAUAAUCUAAUGUCAAGCUUUGUGAAAGAUGGUUCUACUUUUGUCAAGAUCUUAUCUUUGGUUUCAAUACAAAUGGGAGGAGUAAUAAAAUCAGCUCCAUUACCAGAUUUGUCACCAAAUAUAGAUUCUCCUAAACCAAAGAUUAAACAAUAUAAUGACGAAAGUGAACAAAUAUGUAUGACAUUAUCUGCUGGUUUACCGCAUUUCACAACAGGAUAUAUGAGAAAUUGGGGAAGAGAUACAUUUAUUGCUUUAAGAGGACUAUUAAUAUUAACUGGCAGACAUACAGAAGCACGAUUUAUUAUUCUUGGUUAUGCUGGAACUUUGCGACAUGGUCUUAUACCAAAUUUACUUGAUAAAGGAAAGAAUGCUAGAUAUAACUGUCGAGAUGCUUUAUGGUGGUGGUUGUAUACAAUUCAAUGUUAUAUACAAGAAGUACCAAAUGGUUUAAAAAUUUUAACAGAUAAAGUUUCAAGACUGUUUCCAACUGAUGAUUCUCCUCCAUUACCUGCGGGACAAGUAGAUCAAUCAUUACAUGAUGUUAUUCAAGAAGCUCUUUUAGUACAUUUUCAAGGACUUUGUUUUAGAGAAAGAAAUGCUGGAAAACAGAUUGAUGAACAUAUGACAGAUCGUGGUUUUAAUAAUCAAAUUGGAGUACAUCCAGAAACAGGAUUUAUAUUUGGUGGAAAUGAUGCAAAUUGUGGUACGUGGAUGGAUAAAAUGGGAUCUUCUGAAAAAGCUGGUAACAAAGGAAAACCAGCUACUCCAAGGGAUGGUUCAGCUGUAGAAAUAGUGGGUCUCAGUAAAAGUAUUCUUAGUUUUUUAGCUGAAUUAUAUAAACAAAAUCUUUUUCCUUAUGGUAGUGUGCAAAGAAAAAAUCGUGAUGGUUCUGUUGUAACAUGGAGUUAUAAACAAUGGGCAGAUAAAAUCUCAUUAAAUUUUGAAAAAUAUUUUUAUAUUAAUGAAAUAGCAAGAGAAGGAGAAUUAAAUUUAGAACUUAUUCAUCGGCGUGGAAUUUUUAAAGAUAGUCAUGGAGCAACACAAGCAUGGGCUGAUUAUCAAUUACGGCCUAAUUUUCCAGUUGCAAUGGUUGUUGCUCCAGAGUUAUUUAAUCCAGAACAUGCAUGGACAGCAUUAAAAAAAGUAGAAGAAAUUUUAUUAGGACCACUUGGAAUGAAAACAUUAGAUCCUGCAGAUUGGGCAUACAAUGGAUAUUAUGAUAAUUCUAAUGAUAGUGGAGAUACUAAAUUAGCUCAUGGUUGGAAUUAUCAUCAAGGACCCGAAUGGAUUUGGCCUAUGGGUUAUUUUCUUCGAGCUCGAUUGUAUUUUGCUCCAUUAAUUGGUGGAAAAGAAGAAUUAUGCCGUACAAUUGAAUCAACUGAAACUAUUAUUUCUCGACAUUUUAUAGAAGCAUCUACAAAUCAUUGGAGAGGUCUUCCAGAACUUACUAACAAAGAUGGGGAAUAUUGCAAAGAUAGUUGUAGAUCGCAAGCUUGGAGCGCUGCUUCUAUCCUAGAAGUUCUUUAUGAUUUACAUAAAAUCAAACGGGAAUUGCGUUCUGAGGAGAAUGAAAAAACGAAUUGAUAUAAUUUUGCGUGUGUUCACCACCGCCAAUUACACUUAGAACAUUUACGAUUAGAAAAAGAACGUAGUAUUAGAAACAAAUGUCACGAUAACAAAUGGCAUAUAUUUAACACAGCUAUAGAAACACCGAGCACGGAAACACACGCAUUUGAUAUUUCGCACGUAGAUAAAACUAACAUGCCACCGUGCAAAUUUAUAAAGGCUGAUAUGACACCUACAAGUGAUGAUGUUUUUUUAAUUCAAGGACUUAAAGAAAACGAAAAUCAAAUAGAUGUCAAACAUGAUUAUAUAUCACCUACUGUUAUUAACAAUUUAGAAAUAAUUGAAAGUACAUCAAAUACUACCGAGUCAAUGAUAACAGAAAAUAAAUAUCAUAAGUCAGAACAAUUCAUAUAUGGAAAUGAACCUUUAAAAUAUGAAAGUAAAUCUUUAACCAAACUUAAAGAUAAUAUAAAUGAUCAUACUUGUACAAUAUUAAUGACACCAAAUACAGGGGACAGUAAUGCAAUGACAAAAUACUCAUCAAAAAUAGAUCACGUUUAUGAAGAAGUUAAUGCUCUUGAAUGUGAUAUUAUAAGUUAUUACGAAAAAUAUAGUCCUACGACAGCAAAAACAUUAAUAAAUACACUUUUUCUCCCUCGAUAUAAAAUUUGUAAACAAUGUGCCAAUUUACAAGGCAGUCCAGUAUAUUCUGAUCGUUUGAUAUAUGCAAAAAAACCAUUAUAUGCAAAAGAAGUAUAUUUGCGUCAACAGAAUGAAACUUUAUAUUUCAGAUAUUCUUCAGAAGAUAAUAAAUACGACAAUACAUUAUUUUUGCAAUAUGAUGAUAUUCAAGAUUGUUUAUUAGUUUAUAAUUAUUUAAAAACUAAUGCCUCUGGUAUAUUUUAUUUUUACGGCCCAUCACGAGAUGUAUUUGAUUUGAAAACAACAUUAAAACCAAAUAUUUUUAUUAUAAAUAAUAAUACCAGAGGAGUAGUAAAUACAGAGUUAUAUCAUCGUUGCGCAAGUAAUUUUUAUACGAGAAUAUCAAAUAAUGGUAUUAUACCUAAAGUGUUUCAUAUGAAUCAUAAUAAUAUUUUAAGCUCUAUAAAACAUGUUGGAUACGAUACUGAUUUGCAAAACUGGAUGAAUUACCGUAAUGAUAUUUUACGAUUACAUAAUCUCAAACAAGAUGAUGUAAUCGAUUAUCGCGCAAAUAGAUCCAGUUUAUUACUAUUAGAACCUCUAUUAUUAAUGCCAGAAUUAGGAAAUUCUAGGUAUAGGCACGGAAAAAACCGUAUUUCACAAUCAGAGCACGUAAAAAUAGUAAAAAUAAUAAUUGCCUAUACUCUUUCUUUUUUUAUUUUAGCAACAAUCACUUUUUAUAUAGUUUAUUUUACAUAAUGAAAUAUGUGAAAAAUAUUUUUAUUUCACAUGAUAACUAUCAAGUUCAAUUAAAUAUUCAUUUAUAUUAAUUAAAAUUAUAAAAAUAAGAAUUAUAUUAAAUUUAUUCUUUCAUUUUUUAUACAGAAAAUAUAUUUUAAACUUAAUUUUAUUUAUUUAAAAAACUUGCGAAUUUUUAUGAAAGAAUUUAAAUAUUAAUUCAAUUUUUUGAAGUGUAAAGUUUUUUAUUAAGUUUGUAUCAAUCUUACAUAAUAUUUUAUUUAUAUAUUUUCCGCAUACAUAGUAUUUCUAUAUUAUAAAUUUAAUACAAUGUAAUCAUUAUUUUCGUAAAUUAUUAUUAUAUCUAUCAUAAUUGUUCUAAUAAGUUAUUGAGACAUAUUAUUAUUAUUAAAAAUUUAUUGAUGUUUACAUUACAUAAGAUUUACGUUGUUUUAAGAAAUUAUAUAUGUGCAAUUUUAUUGAAACCAUAACUAUAAUGAAAUAUAAAAAAAUAUUUAAUAUAAGAAAAAAUUUUCAAUUUUGAAAAAUAUAUCUAUGUAUGUCCUUAAAAAUUUUAAGAAAAUGUAUAGGAGUAAGCACUUAAAUAAGAUUAUUCAAAUUUGUUAUUUCUGAUUAUUAUAUUACAUAUUUAUUAGCAGGUACUUAUUGCACGUAUAUUUUAGAUAUAUAACAUUUUUAACAAUUUUCACAUCUGUAUGAAAUAUUUGCAAUAAAAUUGAUAUAUAUAUAUAUCAUUUUGCAUAAUAUAAA